AUGCCGAGCAAGAAUACAUCAGACAAGAAGAAGGCAAAAACUGUUAAGAAAGAAGAACGACCAAAGAAGAAUGCGAAGGCUGACAAAGGAGAACAGCGACAUGAGAAGAAAACUAUGAUUGGGAGGAAAAAUGAGAGUGAGUUCGAAUUCAAGGUGAAAAAAGGUGAUGUGUUAGCUAUACCGACACAAGCGAUACCAUUUUAUGCAAAAUAUGACGAUGCCACAGAUAGCUCCAGCGAAUAUUCGGAGCCUCCAGAUGAGCUAUGCGAGGAAGAACGAAAUGGCCGAAAUCGUGCAGAACGUAUAAAGAAGACCUUACUCUCACUAGGCUUUGACUUUGAUGGACGUUUACUAUGUGAUGAUGUGCUAUUCACAGAGCCCGACCAGGCUGCAGCCUUCACACCUAUGGUUCUAUGUGAGAAGCCAGUAGAAAUUGAAUGUAUCUGCUUAUGGGACUUUUUUAGCGGAGAUACCUGCUUAGACAUAAACUGCUGGGCAGGAACGCAACUCAAUGUUGUGGCUGAAGAAUAUCAAGUACGACAUCUUUCUGCUAGAGAACACCUCAGAUUGCCACUGCGUUGGAGUUUGGUGCGCAAUCCUACAAGUGGUUCCAGAGCUGCUCUUGGAUUAAUACCAAGUUGUUGGCUUGUCGCGAAGAAGUUUUAUCAAGAAAAUCCUGCACUUUUCUCUCAGUCAUUCUGGUAUUUGGGAAUUUGCGACGUUGAUGUGGCAUAUCAAUAUCUUAUGAGCGACCGCUCUGCUCAAAGGCCAGGGGUAUUUGUGAUCUUUUCACCUCUUUGUUUGAAUCCGGAUCCGAACGAUUACCGCCCUUUUCUGCUAAUGUUUCUAUGUAAGAAGACUGGAAAAAGUGAAGAAAUUUUGAAAGCUGAGCGAGCAGAUGUGACAAAAUUUCGUGGGGCUGAGUUUUACUCAUAUGAACUUGCAGUAUGCAACUGUCUUAACCCCAAAAAUGAGCAGAUUGCCAAAGAAGGGCAAGAAAAAUUGAAGAAAAAGAAACGAUCAACGCUUCUCCCAGUCAAAGCCAAACAUGCUCAUGAUGAGGAGCAUCAUCUCGUAGAUGCUCCAGCUGAUAACCGAGUAGAGGACGACAAAGAAAAGAACCUGGACAGCAUUGCUGAAUUAGUCGCAUCACCUUUCACAAUCAAGAUGCUAACUAUUACGAGAUCUCUUCUUGGACAUUUCGAAUUGUUUGGAAAUAGAUAUCACACUUUGUACGAUCUCGUAUACCAUCUUUCGCAAACGGACUCUGAAUUACCUCACAGACUGAUAUAUGAAACCCUUUCCACGAGUAUCUCACAUCCGUUUUGCACCGUUCCUCCACCAUGUAAACAGCCACAUCGUGAUCCAAGAGCGAAUCUAAUGCACUGCGAGCAGUGGGCUGCUCGCCAAUUCGAUCAGGCUGUGCUGCCAAAUCUAUUGGAAUUUCCCUUUCAACAUGUUUCGCGUACGGUAGUAGACCCUCACAAGCAGUCUCACAAAAGGAUACUGAAAGCAUUAGGUCUUCAAGAUAAAGGAAAGAGAAGGAAAUUGCCUGUUAACGGGAUCGCAAUACAAAAGGAAAUAAAUGAAUACAUUGACAGAUUUGAAAGGCCUGUCAAAAAGGAGAAAGUUAAAGAAGACAAGGAAAUUGAAGACCCGGCAACAAGACAGAUUCGUCUCCAACCACAUGAGCCCAUUGAAAAAUGCCCGAAAGAUGAAUUUUGCAUAAUAAGUAGUCAGGACAUUGAAGUAGACAGCAAUGAUUUAACCAUAGAUCGUAUGCAUCCACUUGGCAAAGGAGCUUUUGGAGCUGUAUAUGCUGGACACUUCAAGACUCAGAAUGGCGAAAAAGUACCCGUAGCUGUCAAAAGUCUUCGCCUCGUUUGCACAGACAAAGACCAGAGGCUCCCUUGGAUUACAGAGAUAGAAAUGGCACAGCAACUCAACCAUCCCAAUAUCGUGCGCUUCUACGGAUUUUGCAUGGAACCUACAGACAGUAAUAUUCUUCUGAUUUUCGAGAAACUGGACAAGGGUGCUUUGGAUACGUUUUGCAGGAAGCUGAACUAUCGAGUGAGCGUAAACGAAACGGUUGAUUGGCUCUGUCAAAUAGCCCGCGGUAUGGCACAUUUGCAUGCUCAAGAACCUUCAAUUGUUCAUGGGGAUUUGGCUGCUCGUAAUGUUUUGGUAACCACUCAUCCAGUGGAUAAGGCGAGAUUUAUUAUGAAACUCACAGAUCUAGGAAUAUCGAAGAGAACUCGUUCGGAAACAUUUGCCACAUACGACGAUCCAAACAAAAUUCCGUUCAAGUGGCUACCACCUGAAGUUCUAAAGAGCCGUGAGAUGACGCCGAAGGCCGACGUUUGGUCUUACGGAGUGCUAAUGCAUGAAAUCUAUGGUAUAGGAGAGCCAUAUGGUAUGAUGGGUGCAGAAAAAGUUGUGCAUGCUCUCAAUGAUGGUCAUCGUUUCGAAAGGCAACCAAAGAUGCCUCAUUUUAUAUAUGACGUUUCGCUGCAGUGCUGGAGAAGACUGCCAGCUGAUAGGCCGCAUUUUAGAGAAAUCGAGUUACUUCUUCGCCCGCAUUAUAUCGAGUACGAAGCCUCACACAUGGAAAUCUUGGCUGAGCGUUAUAAUAAAGAACAAGAAGCACUCGCUCGUCAUCUUAAUGAUAGCAACAUGAACGAGGCCGAUUUGCUAGAACGACUUUGAUUUUUUCUCCAUGUAAGCAAAAGUGUGCGUAAUCCAAUUCAACUAAACACGUGGAAAAUCUACUGCC